CUGAUCAUCUCCUCCAACCAGCCCAGCAGGAGUCCUCUGUGCUGAAGCCCACAGUGCUGAUCACCAUCCUCGCACGCAACGCACAACACAGCCUCCCUUACUCCUUAGGAUGCAUAGACCGAUUGGACUAUCCAAAGGACCGCAUUGCCAUCUGGGCUGCCUCUGACCACAGUGUGGACAACAGCACAGCCAUGCUUCAGCAGUGGCUCAGAGGAGUUCAACACCUGUACCACUCGGUGGAGUGGAGGCCUAUGGAGCAACCCGGCUCCUAUGCAGAUGAGCAGUCUCCCAAACACUGGCCCGACUCUCGGUUCACCCAUGUGAUGAAGUUAAAGCAGGCAGCACUCAGAGCUGCCAGACGACUGUGGACUGACUACAUUCUGUUUGUGGACAGUGACAACUUGCUGACAAACCGCCAGGUGCUAUCUGACAUGAUAGCAGAGAAUCUGACAAUUGUGGCACCCAUGUUGGAAUCAAAAGGCCUUUAUUCCAACUUCUGGUGUGGCAUGACUCCUCAGGGCUACUACAGGCGAACCCCAGAGUAUAUUCCUAUCCGUAAAUGGAAGCGUCAGGGCUGCUUUGCAGCCCCCAUGGUGCACUCCACCUACCUGCUGGACCUGAGGCGCAGAGCUAGCCAAGCAUUGGCCUUCCACCCUCCUCACCCCCACUACCCCUACCACUUAGAUGACAUCAUGGCCUUCGCUUUCUCUUCACGGCAAGCAGGGAUUCAGAUGUAUGUUUGCAACAAGGACCAUUAUGGAUAUUUACCAGUGCCCCUUAGACAAGACCAGACACUGGAAGAAGAAGAGGAGAGUUUUACCCACACACUGACAGAGGCACUCAUUGCCCACACCAUGGAGCCUUCACAGUAUAUGCACAUUGUGCCUAAAGAACCAGGAAAGAUGGGAUUUGAUGAGAUCUUUCUGAUCAAUCUGAAGCGCCGCUCAGAUCGGCGGGACAGGAUGUUGAGUUCUUUGGCUGUCCUUGGCAUUAACACUACACUGACAGAAGCCGUGGACGGCAAAGCCUUGAACUCCUCUCAGCUGCAGGCUAUGGGUAUAGACAUGCUGCCCGGGUACAGAGACCCAUAUUCAGAGCGGGUGCUGACUAGAGGGGAGAUUGGCUGCUUCCUCAGCCACCACAAGAUCUGGAAACAGGUGGUGCAGCAGGAACUGCAGCAGGUGCUUGUGCUGGAGGAUGAUGUGAGAUUUGAGCCCCGCUUUUGCAGCAGGCUGGUGACUAUCAUGGAGAAUGUACAGAGAGUGGGACUUGAAUGGGACCUCAUUUAUGUAGGCCGUAAGCGGCUGCAGGUGAAGGAGCCAGAGCAGUGGGUGAAGGGAGUCAGUAACCUUGUGUACCCAGGGUACUCCUACUGGACCUUGGGUUAUGUCCUGUCACUGAAUGGGGCCCAGAAGCUCCUGCAGGCCAAACCCCUUAACAAAAUGCUGCCUGUUGAUGAGUUCCUACCUAUCAUGUUCAACAAGCACCCCAAAGACGAGUACAUGCAGUAUUACAAGCAGAGGGACCUGAGAGCGUUUUCAGUGGAGCCUCUACUGCUCUUCCCCACACACUACACUGGCGAACCUGACUACUUCAGUGACACAGAGACCUCCACCAUCUGGGACGACGAGGCCGUGGAAACGGACUGGGACCGAGACGGAGCCAAACACCCGCGGGACCGGGAAACUGAGGAAGUAGGGUUGCGGCCUGUGGCUCCUCACUCAGCUCGCGGUGGCGUGCCUCGUCUCUCUGCCGGAAACAGAGAUGAACUCUGA